UUAUCGUAAAAUGUCGAAUCUAUUUUAUAAAAAUUAUUCCAGUAACUGGUCUUUGUGUCAGUGGCAAUAAAAGAUGAACGGCGUUUCAUUGAUCAUUUGUGUGAUAUCAGCAAUUAUUUUAAAACAAACAGUGAGUUUAUCCAUCAGGAAUAAUGAGCAAGUUUUAGUGAACCGACCGUUCAAAAAUGCUAGUACAUCUCCGCGCGAAUUUGAACAUUUCCGUCGGAAGAGAUAUCUCGGCUUGAGCAAACGCUUCAAGAUUAACAAGAGAUAUCAGGAAUGUGUCGCCCCCGACGACGCAAAAGGCCAUUGCAAGCACUUAAUUUUCUGUCCAAUUUCAGUGCUGAAAAACACGAAAAACGUCCUCGACUAUCUAUGCGUGAUCGAGCGAAUGCAUGUGGGUGUUUGUUGUCCUGAUGAUAUUGCAUUAAGUGGCUUAGCAGGCUCCCAAAUCAUUUUAGACCUCCCCGGGGGUGGUAACGACUACGACGAAAAAGACAACACUACAGGCUGCGGAAUUCCGAUUGAGGGAAACCCCGGCCGGAAAUCGAUAGGUCAGCAAUGGCCUUGGAUGGCGGCUCUCUACCGACCCAAGCAAUUAGCCCAAGGUUUGGAGCAGCAGUUCUGCGGAGGCGCGCUUAUCACGGAAUAUCACGUUUUGACAGCGGCUCAUUGCACUUUGGGACUCACGCCCGAUGAGAUACGCGUCCGUUUAGGCGAAUAUAAUUUCGCCAACUCGAAUGAGACGCGUUCCAUCGAUUACAUGGUGGAAUCAAUCACCGACCACGAAGAAUUCGAUAAAGCGACCUAUGCUAACGACAUUUCAAUUAUCAAAAUGCGCAAACCGACCAGUUUUAACUCAUACAUCUGGCCCAUCUGCCUGCCGCCCAUCGACAGGGACUUCGAAAAGGAAGUCGCGAUCGUCGCUGGAUGGGGGCAGGUUUAUUAUUCGGGGCCCGUCAGUCAGGUACUUAUGCACGUACAAGUGCCUGUGUGGACGCUCGAAAAUUGCUCCAAUUCUUUCCUGCAAAGGAUCACUGAGAAUAAUUUAUGUGCUGCAGGCUACGAUGGCGGAAAAGAUUCAUGUUUGGGCGACUCCGGAGGACCCCUAAUGUUCCAACUAGACAACGGCCGCUGGAUCACCAUAGGAAUCGUGUCCUGGGGCAUCGGCUGCGGGAAUAAAGGUAGCCCCGGCAUUUACACCAAAGUCAGCAGUUACAUCCCGUGGAUCAUCAAGCACACGAUCGCCAAAUAAUUUUUACCCAGACAAAUAUUGUACCCUUAGCCAAAUUAGCCUAAUAAAUUUUACGUCUGAA